UUGUCAUACCAAACAACACGAUACGGCAGCAUCUUAACCUCAAAUUGCACGUGCGGUCCGCUGCGGAGGACCAGCAUAGCGCCAGCAGCAGAGCAGCGUGGGGGCAGUGAAUGCGAGGAAUGUGUCAGAGGCCAUCAGAUGAAAGUUGUCGUUGCUCCGGCUGGUGUUGAUAUCGUGGGACGUUUCCCAAUCGCCUGGCCGCGAGCCAAGCCCGUAGUCGCGGCGGCGGCGCUCACAUCUCCCUCUCUCCGGCCGGAGUCGCGGCCGCGGCGUCUGUCUCUCUGCUCUGCUGCUCACCUCUGGAUGUGGGCGUGAGGCCUGACCUUGAUGUUGCCUCGUCUCGACCCACUUCUCAAUCAAGAUCAAGAUUGGAGUCCGGCGGCAAAAGGCGCGAGUGAAGAUGCAGGAGCUGCGGCGUCGCGGCCCCAGCCUCAGUCCUCGACUGUGUCGUCUGCUGGGAGGCUGCUGUCUGCGCCCGGCGCCUGGAGCCGCACGACCUGGAGCCACUGGAGCAGACUGCAGGAGCUGGAGCGCGAGCAUUCCCUCCAGGAGCAUGUCGGACCACGUGUCGGCGGGGCAGAGCUACGAGGAUGCGAUUCAAGCUCUUAAUUCCCUCCAGAGCAAUGCAGCGUACAUCACGGAUCGGACUUUGGGAAAACAAGCAAAUGGAUUAACUUUUACUCAGAAAUACUCUUCAAUGAUUGAUCUUGGUCUAAAUGAACUAUCAAAUCUAUCUGUCAUCCAUGUGGCUGGAACUAAAGGCAAGGGUUCCACAAGCGCUUUGUGUGAAUCUAUUUUACGUCAUAAUGGAUUCCGAACUGGUUUCUUCUCUUCACCGCAUCUUGUAUCAGUCAGAGAACGCUUUAAGAUUGAAGGAAAAUCAAUAUCCCGUGAGAAAUUUACUAGUUACUUUUGGGAAAUUUUUAGAGCUUUGGAGGAAAAAAAGGAUUCUGAAAUGAGUAUGCCUCCUUAUUUUGUGUUUUUAACUAUUAUGGCUUUUAAAGUAUUUCUUAAAGAAAAGGUAGAUGUUGCAAUUUUUGAGGUAGGUAUAGGGGGAGAACAUGACAGCACCAAUGUUUUACAAAAUGUGUCAGUGGUUGGCAUAACUGCCCUAGGCAUUGAUCACACAGCUUUGCUUGGGAACACCUUGGCAAGUAUAGCUUGGCAAAAGGCUGGAAUCCUUAAGCCAUCAGCUAUCGCAUAUUCAGUGUCAGGCCAUCCACAGGAAGCCUUGAAAGUAUUGGCAGAAAGAUCAGUGGAACGAGAGUGUCCUUUACUGAUUUCUCCACCUCUGGACAAUUACAAGUGGCCAGAUUUAUCAUCAAGGCAGGCUGCUUCUUCAUUGUUUCGCACACAAAAACUCAAUGCAUCCUUGGCUCUUCAGCUGACUAAUGCUUGGAUGCGAAGAAGAAGUGAAACAAAUUCAGGAUUUCACAAACCUAUCAUCAGCCCAAGUUUGAAAGAAGCCCUUCCAUUUUCUAUAACUAAAGAAACAGCUACAGGACUGUUCAAUUGCAGAUGGCCUGGGCGAAUGCAGAUCUUAGAAUCCGACUGUGGUCGUAUCAACUACUUUAUUGAUGGAGCUCACACUGUUGAAAGUAUGACAGCAUGUGCAGAAUGGUACAGCAAACAUCGUCCCUCAAGAUCAAACACAAAACAUGCUUUACUUUUAAACAUGACAGGAGAUCGCGACCGCUUACAAAUCAUAGAACCAUUAUUCCAAUUUCAAUUUGACAAAGUAAUUUUCAGUCCUAACAUAGCAUCCUCAUCUCAAGGUAAAACUAUAAAAUGUGACAAUCAGAAUCUCAGAGUUUCUCAUGGUAGUCAGCUGCAACAAACUCAAGACUUGCAUGACCUGUGGGUAUCAAAGACUUGUUAUACAAAUAACAAUAAGAAUAAAGACAAUCAAGUAUUCAUUAAUACAUCAGUUAAAACUUGUGUUGAUGAAGCACUGACAGAGCUGCAGGAUGAAGCAUCAGAAUGGUGUAUUCUAGUGACUGGUUCCUUACAUUUAGUUGGUGCAGUGUUAAGUAUAAUUGAUCCUAACCUUGAGAAAUCAGAGAGAUCUUAGGCUCAUGGUGUGUGUAAAUGUAACUAUGUUGUAGUUAGCCAUGCAUCAUUUUUAUAUCAUGAUUUGAAUCUCAUCACUAUUUCUCAUUCUGUUUUGAAACAAUUGCUGAUGGCAUGUAUUUUAUGUCUCAGUAAUUCUAUUGCACAAGAUUUGAGUCAAAACAUUCCAUUUAUAAUAAAAUACUGGAUAUUAUGUAUAUCAAGGGGAAGACGACUUGGGUAAUCCGUUGAACACAAGAUUUCAGAGUCGUUUUCUCCACUAUAUUAUAUAGAAUACUUAUAUGGUUUUCUAAGGUAACUAUUUAAAAUAAAUUACUGAAUCUCAA